AUGGCCCCGAUCGCCGGUGGCUGGUGUCGGCGGGUCGUCCGGGUCGUCCGGGUCGGCGGGCGCGGCGGGGCGGUUGACGGCGGCUGGAUGGCGCGAGAUGGUCUUGAGCGGGCGGCGGCGAGCGACGGUGGGGGAAAAGCAGCGACACCAGAGGGGCCCCUCUCGGCGGAGAUCGAAUUGCAGCUCAGCGGCGCUCGUCCCGCCCACGCCCGCCGCUGCUUAUCAGAUAACUCCCAGCGAGAUCUUCUCUGCCCCGCUGUCAUGGCCGCUCCCUCCUCCACUGAGGCAGACGCGCUCCGGUCCUUGGGCCCCAUGCUCUUCCUCCUCGCCCUCCUCGUCCUGUGCGCCGUCGCCUGGUGCUUCCUCUCGUCCUGCCUCGGCUUCUCCGUACGACGCGCCCUCGCCUCCUGGUGGGAGCACGCCCUCAGCGCCAGCACCACCGCUGGUCGCGGCUCCUACCGCCGCGGCAGGCCCGGUGAUCCGCACGAUGAGGGCGAGAUGUGGGAGAUGGACUAUCGAGGCGAGCCCGCCACCGAUAAGAUGGAUACGCGACAGCAAGAUCCGGAAGAGAUAUACGUCAAGCAAGACCGGAUCGGCAAGGGGUCCUUUGGGGAGGUCUACAAGGGCUACGACAAACGAACACAGAAGACGGUGGCCAUUAAAAUUAUAGAUCUCGAGAGCGCGGAAGAUGAAAUUGAGGACAUACAACAAGAGAUCCAGAUACUUUCGCAGUUGGACUCUCCCUACGUGACCAAGUAUCAUGGUUCAUUUCUCAAGGGUUCUCAUUUGUGGAUCGUUAUGGAGUAUUGUUCCGGCGGCUCUUGCUCAGACUUGAUGAAACCCGGCGUAUUCCGAGAAGAAUACAUCGCUAUCAUCCACGUCUCAUCCGGCGACGUAGCCGCCAAUAUCCUCCUCACCGCGAACGGAGAUGUCAAACUCGCCGACUUCGGAGUGUCUGGUCAACUCUCGGGCACGCUGUCUGCGAAGAAGAACACCUUCGUUGGCACGCCGUACUGGAUGUCCCCAGAGGUCAUCAAACAGAGCGGGUACGAUCACAAGGCGGACAUAUGGAGUCUCGGCAUCACUGCCAUCGAGCUUGCCAAGGGCGAACCCCCAUACGCCGAGUUGCAUCCGAUGAAGGUCUUGUUCCUUAUUCCGAAGAAUGUGCCGCCGACUUUGGACGGUAACUUCUCCAAGCCGUUCCGAGAGUUCGUCUCGUACUGCCUACAGCGUGAUCCUCGUGACCGUCCGUCGGCGCGAGACCUGCUGAAACACAAGUUUGUCCGAAUGGCGAAGAAGACAAACUACCUGACCGAACUCAUCGAACGUCACGAGCGUUGGAAGGCAGAAGGAGGGGACAGGCACGAAGACGAUGGCCGAGAAGGCCACCACGACGACGCACCCACCGACCUCGAUCCCGAGGACAUGUGGGACUUUGGCACGGUCCGCCAUACGGCCACCAUAGGACGUGCCGCCGCCCCUCCGCUUUCCCCCGCGAACGGCACUGGGGCGGCAAGAGGGCCGUCGACGAGCGGGGUGGUAGGCAAUGGUGGGCAUCGUGCUUAUGGCUCGGGGUCUUCCGGAGACUCUGAAGGCUCGGAGCGGGCUUCGUCGAUCACGGUAAAACCUACCGAAUUGCCCCCGCUCCCACCGUCGCCAGCGCCGCACCACGACCAAUCAACGGUGCGGCGGGGAUUGGCACCAGCGAACGCGGAACGAGAGCCGUCCGACGAGUAUGAUGACUACGACGACGACUACGAUACCUACCAUGGACGUGUGCCGGUGCAAACCCAUGGAGUAGUUGACGAGCUAUUGCCCGAAUCUACCAUGCUGGACUCGGUCGUGUUGCCCGCCAUUGCUUCGCUCUUCCCCCGCGUCCAGACUCAGGAAGCUCGAAUAGCGCUAAGCGCUCUGCAACGAGCCUUCACCGAGGCGGAGCGCAUCAUACCCGGGGUAACGCUCGAGCUCGUGAACGAGAUCGUCGAUUCCGUUGAGCACGUCGACGACGUCCAAUGA